AUGGGUGCCGCGCGCGCAUGGCGCUGGAAGCUUCUGCCCUUCCACUCCAGGCCGCCGCCGCCGCCGCCGACGCCGUCCCUCCCUGCAACCCUGUCCCCGGUGGACAAGGAGGAGGACGUGCCACGGGAGUUCCUGUGCCCGAUACUGGGCGCGCCCAUGUCCGACCCGGUGAUCCUGCCGUCGGGGCGGACGUACGAGCGCGCCUGCAUCCAGGCCUGCGCGGAGCUUUCCGUCUCUCCACCUGGCGUGGAGGGAGACUCGCCGGCAUCGGGUGGGGUGGUUCCCAUACCCAACGACGCGCUCGGAGCGGCCAUCCGGACUUGGAGCGCGCGGUCCGGACGCGCGCCGCCUGAGGCCCCUUCCGCCGCUGCGGCACGGGAGGCCGUGCUACGCGCGGUUCCAACUCCGCGGCCCCCGGGCAGGUCGUCUUCUAACCUUUCCUGCUCCUCCAGGGCGUCCGCUGCGUCGACGUCGUCGUCGUCCUCCCGGUCGUCGUCAGAGAUAACGGCGGUGGAGCAGCUGGACAUGGCGUGCGCGAAGGAAACAAAGUCGUUGCGGGUUGGUGAGGGGGAGGAGGAAGUGGGCCAGUUAUCAGUGAAGGCUGUGGGCGGCGGAGACGAGUGGGAGGUGGAGUCAGCGAUGGCGGCGCUGCGACGGGCGACGCGGGAAAGCGCGCCGAGGAGGCGGGCGCUAUGCGUGCCGCAGCUGCUCGCUGCGCUCCGUCGCGUGCUGCUGUCCGCGCGUCACUCCGCCGCGGCGCGCGCCGACGCCACCGCUGCUCUGGCCAACCUCUCCCUCGAGCCUGAGAACAGGGUGCCCAUCGUCCGCGCGGGCGCCGUGCCGGCGCUGGUCGAGGUUGCCAGCUUGGGUGCUGCAGCCCCGGAGGCGUGCGAGCACGCGGCAGGCGCUCUGUUCGGCCUGGCCCUGCACGAGGGCAACCGCGCCGCCAUCGGCGUGCUCGGCGCCUUGCCUCCUCUUCUGGCACUCCUUACCGCCGGCGACCAGGCCCCGCGAGCGCGCCGCGAUGCCGGGAUGGCUCUGCUCCACCUCUCCCUCGCCGCCGUUAACCAGUCUAAGCUCGCGCGCGCCCCGGGCGCCGCCAAGAACCUGCUCUCCAUCUCCUCCGAUUCCAACGAGCCGUUGCCCAUCCGCAGGCUGGCCCUCAUGGUGAUCUGCAACGUCGCCGCCUGCGCUGAGGGCCGGACAGCGCUCAUGGACGCCGGCGCCGUGGCGACGUUCUCCGUCAUCCUUUCCAACGACGCACACAGGUCGGAGCUUCAAGAAUGCUGCGUCGCGGCAUUGUACGACAUGAGCAAGGGGAGCCCGCGGUUCCGUGGGCUUGCCAGAGCGGCCGGCGCCGACCGGCCGCUCAUCCUCAUCGCCGAGCAAGCGGACCCGGGCGUUCACAAGGACAUGGCGCGGAAGGCUCUGCGAGCAAUGCUGGGCCUGGGCGACAUCAACGGCGGAGGUCUUCAUGAUUUCAGCAACAGCGAACGCAACGACGAUGACAGCGGCACCAUGGCGUCGUCCCUGCCGGUCCGCCGCCGGCGCGCCGCGAGCUGGGGAGCUCCUCCUGCCUCGAAGCUGUCAAGUUCACACCACUGGCGAUCAGUAUGUAUCGAUUAG